AUGGGAGGGCAAGGUAAAACAACUCUAGCAAUGAAAGUUCUUGACAGCAAGGAUGUCAUUGGACACUUUGAUUGUGUUGUAUGGAUCACAGUGUCUCAAUCAUACGAUGUUGAAGGGUUGUUGAGGGACAUGUUGCUAAAGUUUUACAAACAACAAGGAAAGAACCCUCCUGAUAGUAUUUAUCAAAUGGAUCGAGGGGCAUUGACAAAUGAAGUGAGAAACUACUUGCAGCAAAAGAGAGAAGAUGGAAUGAUUCUAUCUUCAUCAAUCAAUGAAAUGCAAGACUUGGAAAAACUAGUUGUUAAAUGUAGAUCAGAAGAGAAUUAUGAAGUCAUUGAUUUGGAUUUGAUUUCAUUGUCAAUUAAGCUUCAAAAACUUAUACUACAUGGGAUUCUACACAAGUUGCCUGAAUGGAUUCCAAAACUUCAAAAUCUUGUUGAGUUAAAAUUGUCCCGCUCCCAUUUAACUGAAGAUCCAUCGAAAUCACUAAAUUGA